GCGCUGGGGCUCCAGCCCGAAGAGGCUCGCGUUGCUGCUUCUGGGGACAAACACACAGAGCGGUGCGGCGCGCUGACGCGAACACGUCGGGGGAGACCCGAGAAAGGGAGUCGGUGUAUCCUCUCCAGUCGCUCCAUUCCACGUUUCGUCAACUCAUCAUCUCCCCAAAAAACUCAUAAUAAAAGCCGCAUCGGUGCGCUGAGGCUAUGUGUUUAAAUCAAAUGUGACCAUUAUCAUUUAUUUAUUCAUGUUAACUCUGCUGCUUGGUUUUGUUGGUCAUUGAAUUGGUAUGCUUAUUGACGACUUUACAAGCGUGUAGGACUGAAUGGAAUCCGAGCGACAUUGAUGCGCCUGUUGGCCGACUGUCAGGUGUUUCCCCCGUGGCUGGCUAUUUUGACUCUGACUCUAAGCAGCGCGAUGGGUUGCAUCCAGAGCAUCGCCUGCAAGUCGCGCAUCAAGCGGGAGAACAUCGUGGUCUACGACGUCUCGGCCACCAUAGACCAGUGCCCGACAAUAAUCGAGGAGAACUCGCCGAUUGUGUUGCGCUACAAGACGCCUUACUUUAAGGCCACGGCCCGGGUGGUGAUGCCUCCCGUCGCCCGCAAUGAGACGUGGGUGGUGGGCUGGAUACAGGCGUGCACCCAGAUGGAGUUUUAUAACACUUACGGGGACAUCGGCAUGUCGAGCUGGGAACUGCCGGAGCUGCGGGAGGGCCAGGUGAAGGCCAUCAGCGACUCGGACGGCGUGAGCUACCCCUGGUACGGCAACACCACGGAGACGGUGACCCUGGCCGGGCCCACGUCCAAACCGUCCCGCUUCACCGUCAGCAUGAACGACAACUUCUACCCCAGCGUGACGUGGGCGGUGCCCGUGAGCGACAGCAACGCCCCGCUCCUCACCCGCAUCAAGAGGGACCAGAGCUUCACCACCUGGCUGGUGGCCCUCAACGCAGCCACCAAGGAGAAGAUCCUCCUGCAGACCAUCAAGUGGAGGAUGCGGGUCGACAUCGCGGUGGAUCCCUCCCGGCCCCUGGGGGCCCGCGCCACGCUGGCCGGGCGGCCCCAGCAGGACCAGCCGCGCCUCCUCACCCACAUGGAGCCCAUCCCCCCCAACGCCCUGUCCCGGCCCAACGCCAACGACGCCCAGGCCCUCAUGUGGAGGCCCAAGAGGGGGCUGCCCCUGGUGGUGAUUCCGCCCAAAUGA